GCCAUUACCUGCUCCAAAUACGCGUUCAUCUUCUCACCCUAUUCAUCAAACUACACGCAUUAAAUACACCUAGAGAAGCCAAAAAAGAAAGGAAACAAAGAAAUAUAUCAUCAACACAGCUUUGUCUAGUGUCUAGUCUCUAGUGUCUACCACAUACAAGAUCAAGAUCACACGUAUAGUAUAUGAUAUCUUUCUUUUGAUAAUUUGACUGCAAAAAAAAUAUGUCAGAUCAUCAAAGAAUUCAUCCGGUUCAUGAUGUGGAGGCACCACACAGACCAUUGGUGCCUGAAAACACUGCAAAAUCUGACAAGGGUACUACUGAUCUUCCUCGGCGAACAUUUCCUGUGAUGCAUUCAAAGCCACCAAAGAAAAGAAGAAGCUGUUGCUGCAGGUUCCUGUGUUGGACACUCACCACGUUGUUGAUUCUGAUAGUUGCUAUAGCCAUCACUGUAGGGAUCCUAUACCUUGUGUUCAGGCCUAAGCUUCCAAAAUACUCGGUGGACCAUCUCAGAAUAAGCCAGUUCAAUGAGUCUGACAGCAACAACAGCCUCUAUGCCAGCUUCAAUGUGAGAAUCACUGCAAGGAACCCUAACAAGAAGAUUGGGAUAUACUAUGAGGGUGGAAGCCACAUAAGUGCUUGGUACAUGGACACACAACUGUGUGAAGGGUCCUUGCCAAAGUUCUACCAGGGUCACAGGAACACCACAGUGCUUGAUUUGAGUCUCAGUGGCCAAGCACAGGAUGCUAGUGGCUUGUUGAGUAGGAUUCAGCAGCAGGUGCAAGAGACCAACAAUGUUCCACUCAAUCUUAGGGUUAAUCAGCCUGUGAGGGUUAAGCUUGGGAAGUUGAAGUUGUUCAAGGUUAAGUUCAGGGUUAGGUGCAGACUUGUGGUGGAUAAUCUUGGUGCUAGUGAAGAUAUUAGAAUUUCCAGCAGUAGCUGUAAGUUUAGGCUUAGGCUAUGAAUUCAUUAGUACAUGGUAUUGUUCAUUAGUAUAAUAUAUGUGCCAUUGUUCUGUUAUAUAUUAUAUUACUAUUUUGUUUCAUCUUUUUAUAUAUGGUUUGUAUAUGACUGAGAUUUUUCAUAAGCGGUGGAGAGGGUGAUCGAUCAGAUGUGGGUUUUUCUUUCCAUUGGCAAUUUGAGAUACAUUCUUGUACUUUGAUUCUGUUUACUCAGUUACUAUUUCUUAUUCACAAAUUAGCAUAUGUUAUUACCGAUUUUACAUGUUCAAUACUUCAA